UUUGACUUGACGAUGUGAUUUUUGUUGUGUCUGAUUGGGGACUGAUAAGUAUUUAUUCUAGGUCGUUCCAGUGUUAUGAGGCUGUUGUCUAUUGGCAGUUGACAAUCAAGAAUGUACUGCCAGUCUAUAAUUGCCAGUCUGGUCUGAUGCUUCUCCCAUUCAUGAUUCAUCUCCCACAAAACUAGGGCGCUGGUGCCUCGGGAGUCGGCAUGCUUUUUAGCUACCACCGGACCGACCCCGUGGUCACGAUGGUAGAAUCAAGGGUCUUGACGCCCUGUUACAUUCGGCACGAGGUUUAUAGCUCCCUUCAUGUCUGCUCCACAUACCAAACGUAUUUGCCAGAUAAUAAAGCUCAAACCAGAAUGUGUAGAUGAGUACAAAGAGGGCCACAGCAACGUAUGGCCUGGCGUCCUCAACGCUCUUAGGCGGUACCACAUCGUAGACUACUCGAUCAAUCAUUACCCGCCACUGAAUUUGCUCGUCGCAAACUUCAAGUACACGGGUAGUGACUUUGAGAAAGACAUGAAGGCUAUCGGGGACGACGAGGAGACGCAGAGGUGGUGGAGGCUCACAGAUAGCAUGCAAGAGAGCUUUAAUGAUGGUGCAUCUGGGAGUGGAAAGGAGAUUCCUUGGUGGACGGACGUCGAGGAAGUCUUCCGUUUCGAGGGAGGCUCUUCAACAUGAUAUGUUGAAAGCCGUCGUUAAUGAGCUGUAGUUUAAUUACUACCUCAUCGCGCGAAUGAAGUAUUAGACGACGACUUGCUAAUCGCACUGCGUAUAUUGGGACCAAGAGAACGCCACGAAGCUCUGACCGCGAACCCAGCUGAUAAUACCUCCGACUCACACAUCGCUAGUCACUAGGUGGUUUACGCGCCUAGGAUCCGAAAUUUUUGUGUGUCAGCUGGUUGUCCUGCACAUCAAGUCGCGGCGCAGUUUAGUGUACGCAAUCACCAACAUACUUACACUAUCUUUCCUCUCACAAAUAUUCUCUUGCAGACUAGAUAGAGCCUAGUACAGUAGACCUAGAAAUUCAGGCCUCGGUGAUCUACUCAACGUACGUGAUGAUCCCAAAUAUUCUUUGACUCAUUUACACCGUGACCACUCAUCAAUUGCGGUCUGAUGCAACACCUCAACCUGCUUCGGUGCUUCAUAAUCCUGCGAUAUCUGUUGCCCUCUGCCAAGUA